UGAUCCUAAAUGAGAAAAAAUGAAAAUAAUGAAAAUAAUUUAUUUCAGAUGACAUAAAGCCUUAAAAAUGGCAAUGGGAAGGGGUGUUCGAGUCUUCCAUACUCCAGGAGUGAGUCCCUAUUGUGUUCUGAUUGAUCAACGUGGGGUUGGGAACUCACUGCUUUUAGAGUCACAAGCUAUUUUAAGUCUCAGUCCUGAUGCUGCGGACAAGAUGAAAAGAGUUGAACAGUUUGUGAAGCAUUCGGAUGGAUAUGCUCUGCUUGGGAAUAUCAGGCUUAAUACAGGAGAUGGUGUACUGCAUUAUCUGGCCUUGGUGUCUGGUUGUGUCAGCGUUGGGAAACUGGCGCAAUCCGAGAUCUACCGUGUAACUGAUGUAAAGCUGAUUAGUCUACGGGGAUAUACUCCAGACGAAGAAAGAGUCUCAGAGGUGAAGAAGUUGCUGCAGAGUGGGUCAGCUUACUUCAGCUGGUCAAACUCUGGUCAACCUGUUGACCUCACCCUGGCUGCUCAACGCCAGCUCCAGUUUAACCAGUCAGAUUCUAGAUUCUUCUGGAACCGGAUGUUGUUCCUGCCGUAUAUCCGGGCUGGAGUUGAUACUAAGCAGUGGCUGACCAAGAUUAUGUUUGGUAGUAUUGAAAUCAGAACUGUGUAUGUUGGCGCUAAACAAGCUAAAGCUGCAAUUAUUUCAAGAUUAAGCAAUGAGCGCCCUGGAACUAGGUUUGUAGUACGAGGUGUGAAUGAUGAUGGGCAUGUGGCAAAUUUUGUUGAAACUGAGCAGCUUAUUCAACUUGAUCAGGAGAUAACAAGCCAUGUACAGAUUCGUGGUUCGGUUCCUCUGUUCUGGGAACAACCCGGAGUAAAUGUAAGGGGUUUUUAUCUCUUUUCAUUCAAACCCCAAGUAUUUAUGAACCUGCUGGGUUCAAGCCUUGUAGGCAGUAAGGAGGGAGAGGCAACAUUAUCAACAGCUUUUCAAACUCAUCAUAAAGCAUCCCACGAUCAUGCUGAUGUUCCUCAUGUACUCUAUGAUUAUCAUGUAGAGGGGGGUUCAAAGAAACCCGAGAAACUCGAAGCAAAGAUUGGUGAGUAUGUGGAGAAGCUGGGAUAUUUCUACUGUUCUGGGGGUAAACGGAUUAAACAGCAGGACGGUGUUAUCAGAUCGAAUUGUGCUGACUGUCUGGAUCGAACUAAUGCAGUGCAGUUAUUCAUUGGUUUAAGAGUUUUGAAUUCUCAACUGCAAAGUUUGAAGCUUAAUGAUAAAGAAAACAUUGUAUCUAGGUUUGAGGAUGGCUAUAAGCAGAUGUGGGUUAACAACGGGAAUUCUUUGAGUAAAAUAUACGCUGGAACUGGAGCAUUGAAUCAGGGUGGUUCCAAAUUAUUAGAUGGGGCCAGAUCUGCUGCUAGGACUAUUCAAAACAAUCUUCUGGAUAAGGAUAAACAGGAAGCAUUUGAUUUACUGAUUCAUGGAACAGGAAGGAAUACAGAUUUUGCAGAUAGGGCAAAACUUUUACUACCUCAACGAUACUUUCAUGCUCCUGUGCCUCUUUUAACCUCGGUUGUCAAGCGCUGGUCCGAAUUUGUGGAUUUUGUACCGCUACGUGUAGCUGUAGGAACCUACAAUAUCAACGGGGGCAAACAUUUUAGAUCAGUUGUAUACAAGGAUGUUUCCUUGGAGAGUUGGCUGCUGGACGCACACAAGACUAGCAAUCUUAUUGAUACAGGAGAGAACGAGGUUCCUGUGGACAUCUACGCAAUAGGGUUUGAGGAGAUGGUGGACCUAGACGCUAAAAAUAUUGUCAACGCGAGCAAAGAGAAUGGAAAAGAAUGGGCUGUUGAGUUAGGCAAAACACUGUGUAGAGACGAGAAAUAUUGUCUUGUUACAUUCCAGCAGUUGGUUGGGGUUUGCCUUUAUGUGUUUGUCAGGCCCCACCUGGCCAAAUAUAUCAGGGACGUGUACGUGGAUGAUGUUAAAACAGGAAUGGGAGGAGCAACAGGAAACAAGGGUGCUGUGGCUAUCUCCCUGACCUACAGGUCGUCUUCUCUGUGCUUUCUCUGCUCACAUUUUGCCGCCGGACAGUCACAAAUAUCGGAGAGAAAUAAUGAUUACUCAGAAGCAAUAAAGAAGGUAACGUUCCCUAACGGUCGAACUGUGCUCAAUCAUGAUUUUGUAUUCUGGUGUGGAGAUUUCAACUACAGGAUUAAUGUGAACCGAGAGGAAGCUGUAAACUGUAUCAAGAACAAUGAUUUAUCUGAGCUACUAGCUGCUGACCAGCUCAAGAUUGAACAGCAGGCGGGGAAUGUUUUCCAGGGUUUUCAUGAAGGAGAUAUUACGUUUCCUCCAACCUACAAGUACGAUCUGUUCAGCGAUGAUUAUGAUACCUCAGACAAGUGUAGAGUACCAGCUUGGACAGACAGAGUACUGUACAGGGCUAGAAGGUUGCCAGGAGUUGGAGAUGAAUGGGUUCCUGGAAACUUUCAUUACUAUGGUAGAGCUGAGCUUAAACAAUCAGAUCAUAGACCUGUUCUUGCAGUAGUUGAUAUACAGAUUCGUAAUGUUGACUCAGAGAAAAGAGAGGAGGUUAUUAAGGAUGUAUUAAGAGAUCUGGGUCCUAGUGAUGGUACUGUAGUGUCGAGUCCUCUAACUGGAGAGGGAACAAUUAAGAUAUCAGAGGAUAUCAUUGGAGCUAUCACACAAUGUAUGUCAGAGUUUGGAGAUGUUAGGUACAGCAGAGAGGUCAGAGGUACUGUGUGGACCCAAUUCAGGGAGGGUGGAGCAGCUCAGAAAGCUAUAAAUGCUGGUCUUGUAAUAGCAGCAGGAGCAGAAUGGCAGGUGUCUGCUGCCUGCUCUUCCUGGCGGGAAAUGUUGGAACUAGAAUUAGAACUAGUAGAUUCCCCCACUCUUCCACUUGUAUCCUCACCUAGUACACAGUUCAAGAGGCAGAGUGCUAAACUGAUGUCCCAAAUCUCCCAGCUGAGUUUUGAGGAGUUGGAAGGAAUAGUUUUAAGUCCCACUAUUCUACCACCUAAACCUCCUCCACCCCGCCCUACAGGACCACCAGGCCCUCCUCCAGGUACACUCACACAGGUUUAA